AUGGAACAAGAAAAGGAUGCAUCGGUACUUUCUAAUCAAUUUCAAGCAUCAAUAGGAGUUUCUAGGAAAUUAAUUAACUCAUGGUUAGGAGAAGGAAGUCAAUCGAUUGACGAUGAUAGCACUAAUGACAAUACCAACUUGCAAGCAAGACCAACGCGUUUAGGACUAGGGGCAACGGCCAAGGAGUCAUCCACCAGUCCCCAGGUAGCUUUUAAAAAUGAGCGAAUGAAAAGUCUUCCAGCAGCGCUGAGGAAAAAUAUCGAACGGCAAUUGCAAAAGAAGGAGCCGGUAAAAACUAAUGGAGAACAAUCUCCUCAAAAAAGGAAAAGAGAAACGGAUGAAAAAGGUAAAUUGAAAGAAGACGAUGUCGCUGACGAAAGUGAGGAUGAGGAUGAGGAUUCAAGGAUUCAGGUUGCCAAUAAAUCUAAACGCAAUAUAAAUCAAGGGUCUGGAUUUGACCUGUAUAAAAGACUUAAUAAACGGAAAUAA